UAUCAUGCUCCACGGCAGAUCUAGAUGCUAUGCUACCCCGGCCUCAGCGGCCUACGACCUAUGCCUCGACUCACAUUCCGCGUCGCGUCCAUCCACCCGUCCCAUGCAUAAGCGCAGACGCAGUUGCCCACAACCAAACUGGGCCUCUUCAAGAUCGAUCAAUCUCCCUCACUUCCUCCCCAUCCUGCUAUAUAACCCCAACCCCACACUACUCAUCGCUCACCUCACAUCUCUCACCAAUAGCAAGUACAUCCAUUGGCCACCCACACAUUCAUAUCAGCAGCUAGAUAGAGAGUCACAACUGCUAGUCACCACUCCUCUUCUAGAGGUAAUUAACUUAAGGGCCAGCAGCUGGUUCGCCUACGGCAGAGCAGCACAGGGGCGCUAGCUAGAGAGAGGGGAGGGAGAGCUGGCCUCGUGAGGACAAUGCAUGGCAUGUGUUAGUGUUAACAUGUACAACCCGCCGGAACACCACCAGUCGUCGUCGUCUUUCAUGGCGCCGCGGAUGUCCUUCUCCAGCGACUUCGCCCUGGAGCCGCCGCCGUCGUCGGCGCCGCGCGCGCCGGGGGACGCGGACUUCGAGUUCUCCGUCGGCAGCCGCCCCAUGAUGGCCGCCGACGAGCUCUUCUCCAAGGGCCGCCUCCUGCCGCUCCGUGAGGCCGGCCCAUGUCACGGCGGCCGCCCGCCCCCGUCGACGCUGCGCGACGAGCUGCGCGCCGACGACCGCCACGGGCGCGCCCCGCGCCGGUGGAAGGAGCUUCUUGGCUUCAAGAAGGCGCCAAAGAAGGCCCCGCCCGCCGACACUGGCGCCGGCACGUCGUCGUCGGCCGAAACCAACCUGGAUCUUGGAGGUCAAGGAGGCACGAGAGAGUGAAGCCGUAACAAACGCAUGCGAUGACCAAGCGAAAUGGGGACAUCCGGAAGAUUAAUCACUCCAUCAUCUGCUUGUUGAUGAUCUGGCAGCUCGAUCGAUAUAUCAGCUAGCGCUCCGUUAAUUGGAGAUCGACAGCCCUGUUUACCCUCUUUAAUUUGUUACCCUUUUCUUUUGGUGUAAAAGGGAAUUUUUGUUCUUUAGCUUUCGGUCUGGUCGUCACCGGGUAGAUGAGCUCAUGGAUGGUUGUAUUGGAUGUGGUCAAAAUUAACCCAUCUCUAGUCUCUAGCUAGCUAGCUAGCUGUGGCUCCGAGUUUUUGUAUUCAAAAGGGGGGCAGUUAAAUGUAUUUUUCCCCACAUGGUGUGGUCCUUGUACGUGCUCGUUGUUUAGCUGUUCC